AUGGGUGGUCUUGGCAAGACUACGCUUGUGCAAGAAGUUGGUAGGAAAGCCGAGAAGGAUAAGCUCUUUAACGAUAUCGUUUUUGUGAGAAACUUUGGAUGUAAAAAAGUUCAAACAGAAAUUGCAGAUAAGUUAGGCGUUGAAUUCAAUAAUGAGAGUGAAAGGCAAGUAGGUUAUAUGAGAGAUGGAAUAGCGGUAGAAGAUCCUAUUAAUUUUAGACAUAUUUUGGAAGAUCUUGAUCUCAAGACUAUCGGCAUUCCUUCUAAAAUGGAUCAUGGGGGAUGUAAUGUUAUUCAAACAUGUGAAUUGAAUUCUUUAUCAAAUGAUGUAUGCAAAGAAUGCGGAGGUUUGCCCAUUGUCAUUUGUACCAUAGCAAAAGCAUUAAGGAACAAGAGACAAAAAUCUCAAUGGGAAGAUGCUUUGCGAGUACUAAGAAUGCCUUCUCCAACAAAGUUCACAAGACUUUUAGAAAAGGAAUAUUUAAAGAUUAAGUUGAGUUAUGAUUAUUUAGAAGAUGAUGAGCUCAAGAAAACUUUCAUAAUUUCUAGUCUAAUGGAAAAUAAUACUUCCCUUUCAGACUUAUUCAAGAAUAUCUUUAGUUUGGGUAUACUUGAAGGAGCUAACCUUACAAUAGAGCAAGCACGAAAUAGACUAGAUUUAGUGGUCAAGGAACUCAAAGACUCCUGCUUGUUACUUGAUGGUUCUACCGAAGAAAGAUUUUCUAUGCAUGAUGUUGUUCGCAUUAUUGCUAUAACAUGUGGAUAUAUAGAUCACCAUGUGUUCACAAAGAGAAAUGACGUUGAAAGCGAAUGGAAGGAUAAAGAUAAACUUGGAAAAUGCACAAUGAUCUCUGUAGUUGGUAAUAACAUUAUUACUCAACUAUCGCCUGAAGGAUUAGAUUUUCCAGAACUUGAAUUUUUUUAUAUGAGUAAGGGGGGUUCUUUCAGAAUCCUUAAGGAGUUUUUCGCGGUGAUGCCAAAGCUUAAAGUUUUAAAUUUAUUUAAAAUCCAACAAUCGUCAUUGCCAUCAUCACUUGAUCUUUUGACAAAUCUUCAAACAUUGUGUUUAGAAGAUACCAAAAUUGAAGAUAUUGCUAUUAUUGGAAAGCUAGAGAAACUAAAAAUCCUUAGCUUGAAAAAUUCUAAUCUUGAGGAGUUGCCUACAGAAAUAGGUCGAUUGACUCAGCUAAGGUUAUUGGAUUUAAGCAAUUGUGUGCAGUUACAAGUUAUUGCGCCAAAUGUGAUAUCAAAACUAUCCCAACUAGAAGAAUUGUAUAUGAAAGGAUGUUGUAUUCAGUGGAAGGUUGAAGAACUCAAGGAGUUGAAGCACUUGUCUCAGCUAACCAGUUUAGAAAUCGAUAUUGAAGAUAACAAGAUGUUGCCUGAAGACUUCUUUUUUAAAGAGCUUAGAAGGUGCAAAAUAACAAUAGGAGAUUGGUCCCGUUAUGCAAGGAUGGACUAUGAAUUACUAUGGUCUUUCGGUUGGCGCAAUUACGAAUGUUCAAGAAUGUUGGAAUUUAAAUAUGAUUCUAGCAUCUCUUCAGAAGAAUUACAAAUUUUCAAGAAUGUUGAACUUUUACGGUUGGCUGAAUUUUCAGAGGAUGAUAACAAUCUCACGCCACUUUUUAACAAAAAGGUUAUUUUCUCCAAUUUGAUGGCUUUGGAACUGAAAGUUACUAGUUCUAGAAAGAUUUGGGACAUCCAACAACCUCCAACAUUCAUGUCUUCCUUGACACGCUUGAACUUGCACGGAUGUAGGAAAAUAAAAUAUGCAUUUCCAAUUUCUGUAGCCAAAAGCCUCUCCACUCUCCAAGAUCUUCAAAUAAGCAAUUGUAAGGUUUUAGAGGAGAUUGUUGCGGAAGAAGGAGCAAAAGCUGUUGUUGAUUUUGCCUUUCCACAGGUAACCUUUUUGAAGCUUGAAAAUUUACCAAAACUUACAGCUUUCUAUCAUAGAAGAGAUUUUUGGCAAUUGCCGAUUUUAGAAAGUUUUCUUCCAUCUCUCAAUCUUUCAGAAAUCACGCAAAAACACUUUCACUCGGAAACCUCUCUCACCCCUUCAGAUACCGCUUAA